AUGAUCCACACCGGGGAAUGGGCCUACGAGUGUGGGGAGUGUGGGAAGGGCUUGAGGUGCAGCUCAGACCUCGUCAUCCACCAACGCAUCCAUAGUGGGGAGAGGCCCUAUGAGUGUCCCCAGUGUCAGAAGAGGUUUCGGAGCAGCUCCAAUCUCUUCAUGCAUGGGCGGAUUCACACGGAUGAGAGGCCCUUCCGCUGCCCUGACUGCGGGAAGGGCUUCAAGUACAACUCCCACCUCAUCAGGCACCGGCGCAUCCACAGUGGGGAGAGGCCCUACGAGUGUCCCCAGUGUGGGAAGAGCUUCACCCAGAGCUCUCACUUGACCAGACACCGAGAGAGCCAUGAUGGGGAGAAGCCCUACAUGUGCUUGGAGUGUGGGAAGAGCUUCAGGCAGAGCAGCACCCUGAUCAGCCACCAGAUGAUCCACACUGGGGAAUGGGCCUACGAGUGUGGGGAAUGUGGGAAGGGCUUCAGCUGCAGCUCAAAACUUGUCAGGCAUCAACGCAUUCACACUGGGGAGACGCCCUACGAGUGUCCUGAGUGCCAGAAGAGGUUUCACACCAGCUCCAAUCUCCUCCAGCACCAGCGGAUUCACACAGAUGAGAGGCCCUUCCACUGUUCUGACUGUGGGAAGAGCUUCAAGUACAACUCCUACCUCAUGAAGCACCAGCGCAUCCACACUGGGGAGAAGCCCUACGAGUGUCCCGAGUGUGGGAAGAGGUUUCACAUGAGCUCCAAUCUCCUCCAGCACCAGCGGAUUCACACAGAUGAGAGGCCCUUCCGCUGCUCUGACUGCGGGAAGGGCUUCAACCGCAACUCCCACCUUGUCAGCCACCAGCGUAUCCAUACCAGGGAGAGGCCCUACGAGUGUCCCCAGUGUGGACAGAGCUUCAGCCAGAGCUCGGAGCUGGUGGUCCAUGAGCAGCCUCAUCAUGGGGACAAGCCCCACAAGUGCUUGGAGUGUGGGAAGAGGUUCAGGCAGAAGACCACCCUGAUCUGCCACCAGAUGAUCCACACUGGGGAAUGGCCGUACAAAUGUGGGGAGUGUGGGAAGGGGUUCAGCUACAGAUCCACUCUUGUGACCCACCAACGCAUCCACACUGGGGAGAGGCCCUACGAGUGUCCUGAGUGUCAGAAGAGGUUUCGGAUCAGCUCAGCUCUCCUCCUGCACCAGCGGAUUCACUCAGAGAAGAGGCCCUUCUGCUGCCCUGAUUGUGGGAAGGGCUUCAAGUGCAACUCCAACCUCGUCAGGCACCGGCUCAUGCACACCGGGGAGAGGCCCUACGAGUGCCCCACGUGUGGGAAGAGGUUUCAGGCCCGCUCCAAUCUCCUCAGGCAUCAAAGGAUUCACACAGAUGAGAGGCCCUUCCGCUGCCCUGACUGCGGGAAGGGCUUCAAGCAAAACUCCCACCUCAUCAGGCACCGACGCAUCCACACUGGGGAGACGCCCUACGGGUACCCCACAUGUGGGAAGAGCUUCACCCAGAGCUCUGACUUGACCAGCCAGGAGUCACUGGUAAGGGCUGUCCUGCCAGUGCCCCAACUGCAGGGAGAGCUUUGUGCCCUGCUCCAGCUUCAUCCCCCAUUGGAGGACCCAUAUUGGAAAGAGCCCUGGAGAUAUGUGUUCCCUGUGAUCCAUGCUGGGGAGACACCUGUCCCUCCUCCUGCCCCUGCCAAUGACAUGGUGUGGGAUCAAAGACCAUGAGGGUCUGGCCAGGGCGAUGUCAUUACCUUCACUCUCACCUCUAGUCA